GGAGUGAUUGACUGCCCAUCUCUCUGCCUCCAUGUCUCCAUGUUACCCCAGUGCCUCCACCUCUUUGAAGAAUGUUUCCUGCAUCCCCUGCCUUCGGCACAGACAUAGCUGACGACAAGAAUACUGGAAUCUUCAAUGGCAGGAGAAGGAGUGAUCAGAAGACCGAGAUGAAUUUUAACACUAUUCUAGAAGAGAUUCUUAUUAAAAGGUCACAGCAGAGAAAGAAGACAUCGCCCUUAAACUACAAAGAGAGACUUUUUGUGCUAACAAAGUCCAUGUUAACCUACUAUGAAGGUCGAGCAGAGAAAAAAUACAGAAAGGGAUUUGUUGAUGUCUCAAAAAUAAAGUGUGUGGAGGUAGUGAAGAAUGAUGACGGUGUCAUUCCCUGUCAAAAUAAAUAUCCAUUUCAGGUUGUUCAUGAUGCUAACACACUUUACAUUUUCGCACCUAGUGCACAAAGCAGGGACCAGUGGGUGAAGAAAUUGAAAGAAGAAAUAAAGAACAACAAUAAUAUUAUGAUUAAAUAUCAUCCUAAGUUUUGGGCAGAUGGGAGUUAUCAGUGUUGCAGACAAACUGAAAAGCUAGCACCUGGAUGUGAAAAAUAUAAUCUUUUUGAGAGUAGUAUAAGAAAAGUACUACCUCCAGCACCAGAAACAAAGAAGCGAAGGCCUCCCCCACCAAUUCCACCUGAAGAAGAGGAUAAUAGUGAAGAAAUAGUUGUAGCUAUGUAUGAUUUCCAAGCGACAGAAGCACAUGAUCUCAGGUUAGAGAGAGGCCAAGAGUAUAUCAUAUUAGAAAAGAAUGAUGUUCAUUGGUGGAGAGCAAGAGAUAAAUAUGGGAGUGAAGGAUAUAUCCCAAGUAAUUAUGUAACAGGAAAGAAAUCAAACAACUUAGAUCAAUAUGAAUGGUAUUGCAGAAAUAUGAAUAGAAGCAAAGCUGAACUACUCCUCAGGAGUGAAGAUAAAGAAGGCGGUUUUAUGGUAAGGGAUUCCAGUCAACCGGGCAUGUACACAGUCUCCCUUUACACAAAGUUUGGAGGAGAAGGCUCAUCAGGUUUCAGGCAUUAUCACAUAAAGGAAACAACAACCUCCCCCAAGAAGUAUUAUCUGGCUGAAAAACACGCGUUUGGUUCCAUUCCUGAGAUAAUUGAAUAUCAUAGGCACAAUGCAGCAGGACUUGUCACAAGGCUGCGGUACCCAGUCAGUGCAAAGGAGAAGAAGGCACCCACCACUGCGGGAUUCAGCUACGAAAAAUGGGAGAUCAACCCUUCAGAGCUGACCUUUAUGAGGGAGCUGGGGAGUGGACUGUUUGGAGUGGUGAGGCUUGGCAAGUGGCGAGCUCAGUACAAAGUAGCGAUCAAAGCUAUUCGGGAAGGCGCGAUGUGUGAGGAAGAUUUUAUAGAAGAAGCUAAAGUGAUGAUGAAACUGACACACCCGAAGUUAGUGCAGCUUUACGGUGUAUGCACCCAGCAGAAGCCAAUUUACAUCGUUACCGAGUUCAUGGAGAGGGGCUGCCUUCUGAAUUUCCUCCGACAGAGACAAGGGCAUUUUAGUAGAGAUGUGCUGCUGAGCAUGUGUCAAGAUGUGUGUGAAGGGAUGGAGUACCUGGAGAGAAACAGCUUCAUCCACAGAGAUCUGGCUGCCAGAAAUUGUCUAGUAAAUGAGGCAGGAGUUGUGAAAGUAUCUGAUUUUGGAAUGGCCAGGUAAGUCUGAAUGAUCAGUACACAAGUUCUUCUGGUGCUAAAUUUCCUGUGAAGUGGUGUCCACCUGAGGUGUUUAAUUACAGCCGAUUUAGCAGCAAAUCAGAUGUCUGGUCAUUCGGUAAGACCCACGGUCCGUUUUCCCUCAACUCUGCUCUGAAGGGGAAGUGGUGCAUCACUUGGUAAUCCUUGCCCCCUUCCAGGUGUUCUAAUGUGGGAAGUAUUCACUGAAGGCAGAAUGCCCUUCGAGAAGAACACCAACUACGAAGUGGUAACCAUGGUUACU